GUGGUACACAAAGAGGCCGUAGGGUACCGAGCGGCGGCUUCGUUUCGAGGACCGCGUGCCGGCCCCUUGCUCCUCGGGGGCGGCUCUUUUGUGCUGGUUUGGAGCUUCAGCUGCGUCACGCCCUUCAUCGGAAGUCUGUCAUUGUCUAGCUACUGUAUCGUGUCGUUCGCGUUGUUCUGGACGUACCGUUCGGCAUGCGUCUGGAUCGAGAGGCGGCAUGUCUUUUGCGUGCGUGGCAGUCUUCCACAGAGUUUUCUCCAUUGGCACUUUCCUACUCUAGGGCGCGAGGACGUCCAAUUUGUACGGUGAUUCCGGCGAACGAGUCGCCCGGCCGUCCCAGAUUCACCUGCAUGCCCGCUUUGUUUAUGAGACACCCAGCUUUGAAGAUACCCAGCAGCUCCGAACUUUCUGCGACAGCCUUUCGCACCCGAAUUCACAUGAUUCUUCGGCGAUGCUGUCUCAAGUGUACCCGAGACCAAGUGCAUUGUCCCUAGGGUCAUUGUGGCCAUCUUGCGAUAUCGACGACGGGAACCUGUUGCAACAACAACCUGGUCCUGGUUUAGGCUGGGUUUCGCAACAUCUAGGCUACCAUGGACACUACGGUCACUGCCUUCACCUUCACACCACGCCGAAAACUACUUUGACCAGGUGAAGCCUGGUUCGGUCUCGAUGCUACUUCUCGUGCCGCCUUCUAGGGGUGGUAGUGUUACUUCACAGUCUCCGCAAGGCAGCCCUUACACAUUUCACAUUUUAACCUUGCUCUCUCACCUCGCGCUGCUACACCACACCUACACGUUCCACAGCUGAGGUCACCCUGGUAUAUGCAUAUCGCGACGCACGUCUUUUACCUCACCCACCGAACCACGUACCUCGUCGAAUCUCGUACUCUGCACAAAUGUCUCCCCGACAGGCGAAACCCACAGGCCGUGGUCGGGUCCGCAAACGAAUGGUCCGGUCGCACAAUCAUAUCAUGCACAAGGUGCUCACAGGCGGCGAUGAUCAGAUGUCCGCAUCAACAAGUACACCCGCGACGCUCUCCCACACUCAAGAUCAUCCAUCUCCCGCUGACAAUAUCACCCGGGACCGGUUCGCCAGUCAGCACGCCGAACCAGCGAUCGGCGACCACACCUCGUCAGGCACACCCACCGUCGAGACUGCCACAUCCGCCAUAUCCUCGCAGCAAGAUGCCAUCAACCUGUCGCGGUGGCGGAAACGCUGGAGGUGCCUACUCCGGGAUCUGGAUACGCCGCGGAAGAAUUUCAUCAAGACACAGAAGGUUCCCAGUGAGUCCUCGUUGCGUGGACACCUCUCAGCAGAAUUCCGUGACAAGGUUGGACAUUCGCACUUUGAGACGAUAUGCCAAUGGCUGGACCUGGUGGAGGUCAUUGAAGAAAGCCUCGUCCAGUUGCAAUCGAGGGAUAGGGAUGCCGGUGGGGAAAGGGAGGUGGCACAAGCCUCUGACACUGCAGAAAAGCAUAGACAACUACGAGGUACGCAGGCCUCGACUGUGGUCAAGGUCUUCAAGGAGCGGAGGAGCAUGUGGCCUACGGUGCGGACGACGAUCUGUGAGAUCUUGGGACUUGAAGAAGGGCAGAUGGACAGGGAAAUGUUCGACCUCGUGGUCCAACCACCGGUCCACAAGACUGCCGGGAGGGGUGUCCACCACCGUUGAUCUUCAGGACUGGUCCCGGGUCGUGGAGAAGGGGCGUGGGUUGGACGCCUGGGGAGAAUGUUUCCAACGCGCAAGCACAGCGCUCCUGUCCGCGGUCUCUGUGUGAGGGAACAAGAUAUCCCGGCUUCUACUCGUCGACGUACACUUCGUCCCCAUCCGAUGGUUGGUCUUGCUGUGCCUCGCUGUGCCGUCAUACCCUUGAUCUACGUACUCUUUCGUCUAGGAUAGCCAACGAUCACUAAACAAAGACUAUUUC